AUGAUGUUCAUCCCUCCAUUCGAUUCCACCACCUAUUCCACCUACACCCAAUCACCCAAUCCGUCAUGGACGUACGGUCAGAGAGUCGACACCACUCCUGCCGGAAGAGACUGGGUUGCAGGCGAAUCUGCUGGGUGGAAAAUCUAUAACACAGCAGAAUUAGACAAGGUCGAUAUCACCAAGCUCUUGAAUUCGGGCAUCGUACCGCGUCCCAUCGCAUUCGUGUCCACGAUCAGCGAGGAUGGCAUAGAGAACCUGGCACCGUACAGUUGGUUUAACACAGUCACGACCUACCCGCCUAUCAUCUCAUUCGCAUGCAACAACAACGCCCUGGGCGGCCUCAAAGACACAGCGGUGAAUGUGAUGAACAGCCAAGGAUUCAGCGUGAACAUCGUCAGCGAGCCAUUCAUCGAGAGUGCAAAUGCAACUGCCAUAGACUCUCCUCCCGGCUUCGACGAAUGGAGUCUCAGCGGUCUAACAAUGGAAAAAUGUGUGCAAAUAAAAGCCUCGCGCGUCAAGGAAAGCGCUUUUAGCAUGGAGUGCGAGCUCUACAAAUCCAUCGAUAUCACGCACCGAGUCACAGGCGAGCACACCAGCACGCUCAUCCUCGCGCACGUCAAGUACAUCCACGUGCGCAAAGACAUGCUCACACAGAGAGGUGUGAUCGACCUGACAAAGUUCAAGCCUGUCGCGCGUGUGGGCGACAUCUCAUAUGCGCGCGUUGGAGAUGCAUUCAGGAUCGCCUCUCCAACAUGGGCGCAGGACAAGGCGAAGAUACGUGAUGUGUUGGACGAGGCGAAGAUAGGAGGAGCGUUGGCGACUUUGGCAUUGCUAUGA